CUUGGAUCAAGAUGAGGUAGCUGCAAGUGCACGUGUAUUGUAGAAGCGGGCGAGGCCAUUUUCCGCAAUGGGGUGUGCAUCAAGCGCACCACCAAAAACUAUGCAACCUAUGCCUGCAUUUAAGAUGAACAUCAAGACCCAGGGGAUCCAGAGUCAGCGAAACGCAAGUCAACAUGGCAUUGAUUUCAUGGCUGCGCAAACGCAAGUAGAGAGCCCCAAGAGCGAAAGAGCAUAUCCUGAGGAUUCCUGGCAAGUCAGAGAGGUACCGCCAGGAUUUCCUGGUGGUAAGCUGCCACCCGAUCGCCAACUACACUACAAGCAUAUGAACAAGCUGAACAAAUUCCUGAAGGGAAUUCAGCAGUCUCCAUUGAACUUGGCUGAAGAUGUUGCCAGGAAAAGAAGAGCAAGCAAAAAUCGAACCAGUCGAAACAGUCAAAACAGUCGAAGCAGUCGAAGCAGUCGAAGCGGUCAAGAUCUAUGUGACUCUCCAGGCUCCGAUGUCUCCGAUGUCUCCGAUGUGACUGUGGUGGUGACUCUUUGAGAUGAUCACAAUGAGCACCGUCACUGCAAGGACCUUGAGACAUCUUGAGACAGGUGAGUCGUGUCGCUUGGGAAGUGAUUACUGUAGGAUACUCCGAUACUCCGAUCUUAGCUCCUUGGGCUGUUUCCCUUGCAAAGCAGCACUUCAUUGUCUCACAACUACAAUAUUGUCCGUUUUUUUAGACCCCGAUGCGUGCAUCUGGUUCAUUGGGCGGCGAACGGUGAAAA